UUCCCGUUGAAGAAAUAUGAAACUAGGACUCCGCCUAUUGUUAUUUGAUCAAUUAUAAACAUUUAAAUACACGUUAAAAAUCUAUUCUAUUGUUGAGAGGACAUGGGUACAAUCACCUGGAGCGGUUAUUUAAAUACAUGUGUGAUUCAUUAUAAAAUCGUGACUAUAUACUAGUACUGUGUACAUUUUUACCUGGCGAUUUUUAUAUUAAGGAAACAGCUUGUGCAUUGAUUAUCUGAGGAUAUGUAAAUAUAGAUCAGCUGAAAACAACAAAAACAUGGCGUCUCGAUUAGAUCGUAGUGAAGUUAGUUUGUGUGUGAAAUAUUUUUUAUUUUUCUUCAAUUUUAUUAUUUUGAUAUUAAGUUUUACAGCUGUAGGCGUAGGAAUAUGGAUUUUAGUUAUUAAAGAGAAAAAAGUUACCAGCUUUUUAGACGUUUUAUUAGACUUAUCGUUUUGGUUAGUGAUAUUUGGAGGAAUAUUUGGUAUCAUCAGCUUUUUUGGUUGUUUCGGUCCUCUCAGAGAAAAUAUAACUUUUCUUAAAAUUUACCAUUGGUGUAUUACGGGAGGAAUUCUCAUAGAACUUCUGUUCGUCAUAUUUGUGUUCCUAUUUUAUUUCCAACCGGAUGUGCUCAAAGACUUAAAAAUAUACCCCGAAAACAUGUUUAAAGAUGGCAUCCAGUUAUACCCGGAUGCAGACGAAGAUGUUAAUGACUUUAUAGAAUUGGUACAGCAAGAUUUAAUUGGAUGUUGUGGAUUUAGUAAUGACGAUGAAGGAUACAAACAGUGGGGACUAAACAUGUACUUUAAUUGUUCUGUGUCAGAUUCUAUGAAAGAUCUUAAUAAACUAGCAUGUGCUGUUCCAGAAUCAUGUUGUAAAUACAAGGACGGUGAAAUUAAGAAUUUACUCUGUGGAGCAGGGGUACUUAACAAAUCGCCAUCAGAAGUAAGCAAUCAGAUAUAUACUAGAGGAUGUUUAAAAGGCAUUGGAGAUAUUAUUGCACAGAACUCAUUAGUGUUUGGUAUAAUCAUCGCUGUAGUUUUAGUUGUACAGAUGACAACUAUCUAUUUUGCAAAGAAUUUGAUAUUCCAAAUCAAACAACAGAUUAGAAAAUGGAGAUACAACCACAAUAGAUAGAUAACUAUAACUAAUUUGUGUACAUGUGUCCAACGUUCUUUCAAAACACUGACUAUUUUUUUUAAUCAGCUAAGAUUAAAAGAUAGCACAAUAACCAAAUUGAAAGCUAACACCUUAAGAACACAAAUCUUACUUCAAGUGUCAUUUAUAAUUUAUACACAUGACUUUCAGUGUAUUGAAUUAUUAUUUGUAAAAUUGAAUAUGCUUGUAUCUAUUUCACAACUUAGAAGUGCCUUUAGUCCUAUGAAAUGGAGAAAGUUGUAUCCAAAUAACCUGUUAACCAUUCAUCUGGCAUAUCAUUAGUUAUUAAUAUUUCAUCUUCCUUCAAUAUCAUGUGUUUUAUUGUCGUAGUUAACUUCAAUUGUUAAAGGGAAAUCUUUUCUAACCAUUCUAUCUAUCAUAACAAGAUUGGAUUUUGUUCUUGCCAAUUGUUUCAAGAUUGGGUAUGGAAUCUACGAAUCAUAUACAAAAAAACCGAACUCAACCAAGUUAACGGUAUUGAUACAUAAUUUUCAGGUGGUCUUCUGAAAUGUUCCGUCUAAUGAUACAUUAUAUAAUAACCUUUAAUUCAAUCAAAGGAACUUUUCUUGUUGAACAUACCUCCUUCUAGUAAGAACACGAUAUCAUAAACAAAAUAUGUAAGGAGAUUUUGUUUGAAUCGAUUUAAGACAAUUUUCAGUGCAUAAUUUAUGAACCAUUAUUGCUUUAUAUUCUUUAAAUAUAAAAUGUGAUACAUCCUGGCUUCUCCAGGUAAUUUAAACAUUUUAAUAUAUAUAUUGAUUGUGAUUAUUAUGUUAUAAAUUAGUCCCUGUCCUCCCAUUAUGAAUCAUUAUAGGUGUUUCCUUGUUCCAUCAAUAUUUAAGAAUGCAUAUAAUUUGUUUCACAUGUUGAAUGUUACAAUGUUUACAGUAUUGUUAUGAUAAUAUGUUUGCAAUUAGUAUACAUGUUGCCAAGAAUAUCAUUUGGGGUGCGUUUUGUCAUUUAAUGUAUUUUGGAUAAACCCGCCAUAACCGAUGUUGUUUUGACCUUCGGGUUGAGUCGUAUUACAUAAGUAACAUUAUACCAAUAUUGAGAGGGCUAUUGCUAUUUUAGUUUGGAGUUAGGUUUCUUUUUACAUUCACAAUAUUAAGAUUUAAACAUCCUUAGAAGUAAGGAAUUUUUAGGGGUCUUCUCCGCUUGAAUAUUUAUUCAAAUAGCAAACUACAUGUAUGUUUUACAUAUAGAAGAUGAUGUUUAAAGCAGUAUCCAAAUGAUCCAUUUCAAAUAUAUGAUACACUAGAUUAUAAUUUUUUCAUACUUCGUACAUGCAAACACCUUUUAUAUACAUGUAUAUAUAAUGGAAUUCACAACUGAGUUGGACAAUCACAAUGUGUAUUUUUGUCACUUAUUGCUAUUUACAGCAAUUCCGAUACUAUAUCAAAAUAAUUGUAUAUUUUCGUUAAAAUGUAUGUAACUAAAUCUAUAUUUACAGCAUUGUACAAUCACAAUGUAAUUCAUGAAAGAAAGAAAUCUGCUUAUUUUACUGUAGAGAAGGGGCAGCUAUAUUGUUUAGUUCAAAUAAAUGUAAAACUAUUUUCUCUUCUUAAGAAAUAAUAACCUGUCUUGUCAAUUAAAAUAUGCUCUUAAAAUACACGAAAGCUUAUAAUACUACAUUAUUAGUGAAUAUUUUUUUUUUAAAGAAUAAACAUUUUUGAAAAUAGAAAAGUUGCUUUUUGUGUAUGAUCGAGCUGAAUAUUUCAAGUCGAAAAUAUCUAACGCUUCCUUUUGCAAACACAAAGGCUAGGAGAGCAUCAACCAAAUGUAAUGUUAAUCAUGUUCUAUGAAUAGUAAUUAUAUAAAAAUAAAGUUAUGACUUAACAAAGAGAGAACAUUUACGAAAAAUUAUAUUAUAUUUAUAUCAUUUUUCGUUAACCCCUUUGUCGAACAGAAUAUUCCAAUCCACUGCAAUAAGAAAAUUGGAUUUACAAAUCCCCACUCCCGCCAAAAAAACCAAUACAGCAUGAAAAGACCAGAUAUAAUUACAUUUUAAAGACAACAUGAUCUUUGUUUAUUAAAAAAAAGUGUGUGAAAAAAGAAAAUUUUAUAAAGUGAAAACAACUAUUUUUAUAUUAUAUACCACUGAAUCAUAUAACCUAUCAAUUGAAAGAGUAUUUUUAUAUCCUUACAGUUUUUAUAAAGAUAACUAUCCAUUCAUUUGAUGUGUUUGAACUUUUAAUUUCGCUUUUUGAUUAGGAACUUUCGGUUUUGAAUUUCCUCGGAGUUCAGUAUUUUUGUGAUUUUAAUUUUAAUUUUAAAUUGAAAACUUUAAGAUUGAUCUUUUUAUUUAGAAAGAUGUAUUGAAUACUAUAAAUAACUAACUGAUCAUUUAGGGUCACAUGUAAUAAAUCAUGUUACUUUAUGACUCAAGUUCUCCUAUUGGCUAUGGAUCCUUAAGGACCAUUAUGAUGUUGUCUAGUAAAUCAGUUUACCCUCAAACCUCGAGCAACAUAUCAAUGGUAAAUAUUAGAAGGACUUUGCAACACUUGGUUAACAGCUCAAUCCGGUUAAGCAAGAUAUUGAAAACAUUUUAUGGUGUUCGAAUGAAAAAGAAACAAAAUAUAAUAAAAACAAUUUUAAUAUAGUAGCUGCAAGGUUUUCACCAUUAAUAUUUAUUUUAAAAUUGGCCCCUUGCCAGAGUAAAUAUACUAAAAUUAGUUUAAUAUCUUGUAUCAAAUAGAUAACCAUACUUUAUCUAGCUUUGACCAGGAAUCAAGUUUAAGGAGUUAUAAUAAAAGAUGCACAGGUUGAACAAAUAAUACAACACCACCUUAUCUUUUUAUCCAAUGUAAUAGAUUACCUUAGGAGUAUUUGGCAAAACCUAACAAAAUGUCGGGUUCUCAAUGCUCUUCAAUUUCGUUAUUUAUUUAGCCUUUUAAUUUAUUUUAUAUUCGAGCGUCACUGAUGAGUAUUUUGUAGACGAAAAGCGCGACUGGAGUACCAAAUAUUAAAUCUUGUAUCUUUGAUGAGUUUAUUGUUUAUGUUUUUAGAGUAAGUAUUUAACACUGGAAAGAAGCAUACUCUGAAAGUUAGAUAUUUUUAGAUGAGGUAGAUCACAUCAGAUUCAGAUAUAUGUAGUGUUAACAGAAAUAAAUGCAUUUUAUAGAGAUCUGUACCUGCUAGUAAGGUUGUAUAUUAUGACUGUAACUAUUUUUAUACUUGUAUGUGGAACACGUAUUGUGCAAUGGUAUUUUAAACUUGUUACAAUCAGAUGUUAAGUUCUUUCAUAAUAACAUUUGUAACUGUUACUUUUUUGAUUUAUAAUAAAAUUAUAAUUUGAUUUA